AUGGCUCGCUUUGAAGACGAACUGUCCAGUCGCUAUGGAGGCAGCUGUCCCGCGGGCCCGGCCAGAGGGGCCAGCCGGCAGCCGGGGCCUCCGGGGGGCCAGAGAGUGUACAAACAGACGAUGGCCCAGAGAGCCAGGACCAUGGCCAUUUACAACCCCAUCCCAGUCAAACAGAACUGCCUCACCGUUAACCGCUCUCUGUUCAUCUUCAGCGAGGACAACAUCAUACGGAAAUAUGCCAAAAAGAUCACCGAAUGGCCUCCAUUUGAGUACAUGAUCUUGGCCACCAUCAUCGCAAACUGCAUUGUGCUGGCUUUGGAACAACACCUUCCGGCCUUAGACAAAACACCGAUGUCAGAGCGUUUGGACGACACAGAGCCCUACUUUAUUGGAAUAUUUUGUUUUGAGGCUGGCAUCAAGAUCAUCGCCCUGGGCUUUGCCUUUCACAAAGGCUCCUACCUACGUAAUGGCUGGAAUGUAAUGGACUUUGUGGUGGUCCUAACAGGGAUCCUGGCCACAGUGGGGGCUGAUUUCGACCUGAGAACACUGAGGGCAGUGAGAGUCCUGCGGCCGCUCAAACUGGUCUCUGGCAUUCCAAGUCUUCAGGUGGUUUUAAAGUCCAUUAUGAAAGCCAUGGUACCUCUGCUGCAGAUUGGCCUCCUGCUCUUCUUUGCCAUCCUCAUGUUUGCCAUCAUUGGCCUUGACUUCUACAUGGGCAAGUUCCAUCGUACCUGCUUCAGGACUGACACAGGUGAGCAGGCAACCGAGUUCCCCUGUGGCCUGGAGGCUCCGGCAAGGACCUGUUCAAAUGGCACUGCCUGUAGGGAGUACUGGAUUGGACCCAACUUUGGCAUUACCAACUUUGACAACAUCCUCUUUGCUGUCCUCACUGUUUUCCAGUGCAUCACCAUGGAGGGAUGGGUGGACAUCCUCUACAACGCGAAUGAUGCGUCAGGAAACACAUGGAACUGGCUGUACUUCAUCCCCCUCAUCAUCAUUGGUUCCUUCUUCAUGCUCAACCUGGUGCUAGGCGUGCUGUCAGGGGAGUUUGCCAAGGAGAGAGAAAGGGUGGAGAAGAGGCAAGAGUUCCUGAAGCUCCGCAGACAACAGCAAAUAGAGAGAGAGUUAACUGGAUACCUGGAGUGGAUCUGCAAAGCAGAGGAGGUGAUGCUGGCUGAGGAAGACAAGAAUGCAGAGGAGAAAUCCGUGGAUGGAGCUUGGUACAAAAGAAAACACAACAACUCUGUGCUGAAAAGGACAAAGAAGAGUAAGAAUGACCUCAUCAACGCAGAGGAAGGCGAGGACCACUUCACUGACAUCUCAUCUGUUGGGUCGCCGUUUGCCCGGGCCAGCGUGAAGAGCAAGAACGAGAACUCGUCCUACUUCAGGAGGAAAGAGAAGAGGAUCCGCUUCACCAUCCGUCGUCUGGUCAAGUCCCAGAGCUUCUACUGGACUGUGUUGUGUCUGGUUGGCCUCAACACAUUGUGUGUAGCCAUAGUACACUAUGACCAGCCGGAGUGGCUCACCUAUGCCCUAUACCUGGCUGAGUUUGUAUUCCUGGGCCUGUUUCUGGCAGAGAUGUCCAUGAAAAUGUACGGCCUGGGACCUCAGAACUACUUCCACUCCUCGUUCAAUUGUUUUGACUUUGGGGUGAUUAUUGGAAGUAUUUUUGAGGUGAUCUGGGCUGCCAUCAAACCUGGGGCCUCAUUUGGCAUUAGUGUCUUGCGAGCUCUGAGAUUGCUCAGGAUCUUCAAAGUCACCAAGUACUGGAACUCUCUGAGGAACCUGGUGGUGUCCCUCCUCAACUCCAUGAAGUCCAUCAUCAGUCUCUUAUUCCUGCUCUUCCUCUUCAUCGUGGUCUUCGCUCUGCUGGGCAUGCAGCUGUUUGGUGGCCAGUUUAAUUUUGAAGAUGAAACGCCGACAACAAACUUUGACACAUUCCCAGCAGCGAUUCUCACGGUCUUCCAGAUCCUAACCGGAGAAGACUGGAACGCGGUCAUGUACCACGGGAUUGAGUCACAGGGGGGCGUUCAUGGGGGAAUGUUCUCCUCCAUUUACUUCAUUGUUCUCACUCUUUUUGGAAACUACACACUCCUCAAUGUCUUCUUGGCCAUUGCUGUUGAUAACCUUGCAAAUGCCCAGGAGCUCACUAAGGAUGAAGAGGAGCAAGAGGAGGCCAUUAAUAAGAAACUUGCUCUCCAGAAGGCCAAGGAGGUAAAGGAGGUCAGCCCCAUGUCAGCUGCUAACAUUUCCAUCACAGCUUUUCUAACACGCAGUCGAGGUAACGCGCAUUCUAGCAGCUCAUCCAUCUGCAGCGUUAACUCACUGAGUUAUGUCUGCACCCCAGUCCAUCAAUACCUGAGUAAGGAGCAGCAGAAGUCAGUGAAGAUGAUGUCAGUUUGGGAGCAGAGGGCCAAUCAGCUGAGGAGGCAAAACUGGGCGAGCUGUGAGGCCCUGUACAGCGAGCUGGAGCCUGAAGAGCGUCUCCGCCUGUCCUCGGCCCUCCACCUCCGGCCCGAUAUGAAGAGCCACCACGACCGGCCGCUGCUUGUUGAGCCCUGUGACAGGCCUUUGCUGGGCGGCCACCAGCACCACCAUCAUAAGCCCUGUCUGCCCGAGGAGGCUGAGACUGCCGCUGACCCUCCUGUGAUCCACCAGCCUCGCCGCCACCACCGCCACAGAGACAGGGACCGGACCAGAAUGAGAGACGAGACAAACGAUAAUGGUGACACUGGGGGUCGACACCACGUCCAUCACAGUCGCUCCAAAGACCACGACGGCAGCCGCGGCAAAGAGGGGAAGAACGAGAGAUCCCGCAGCCGAGAGGGAGGCAAGAAGCAUCACCAUCAGAGCUCAGUGGACGACAGCGGAGGUGGAGGUAUCAGGCCAGAGAGAGAACAUCGCCAUCAUCACUCACAUCGCCAGUCCCGAGGGGGCAACGGGACAGUGAACAGUGGAGGGAGGGAAGAGCGAAGAUCCCGACACAAAGAUGGAUGUAGUUCUCACAGGGACGGGGAUGUUAACUCCAGAGGAGACAGCGGUGCCAACGGAGAGAGGAGGAGACAUCGGACUCAUGGAUCCAGGGGCCAAUCCACCGCUGAGGGAGAGGAGUUCAAUGAGAGAGAGAGGAGCCAAUGUCACAGGGAUAGGUGUGGUGAGUCAGAGGGGGAGUCCCUAGCCAUCUCCCCCCAGCAGGGCUCUGGAGGGGCCAACUGGCCUCCUGACCGACCAGAGGACUCAGACAACCAGAGGAACGUCAGGCGAACUGGCCAAAGCUCCAUCCACAUCCCUCCUGUGACUGUCACCUCCCCGCCUGGAGAAACCAUCCUCAUGCAAAUGAACAGUAUUGACUGUGAGACAAUGCCCGUUAAUGAGAAGACUCUGGAGGAUCUAGGUCAAAGCGGACCCAAACCCAUCCUGCCUUACAGCUCCAUGUUCAUCUUUGGACAGACAAACCCGGUGAGGCGGUUGUGUCACUACAUUGUGACUCUGCGUUAUUUUGAAAUGUCCAUCCUGGUUGUCAUUGCUAUGAGCAGUAUCGCUUUGGCAGCAGAGGACCCUGUCUGGACGAAUGCCCCCCGCAACAAUGUGCUCAAAUAUCUGGACUACGCCUUCACUGGUGUUUUCACUUUUGAAAUGGUGAUCAAGAUGGUGGACCUGGGCCUGUUGCUUCAUCCUGGAUCCUACUUCAGAGACUUGUGGAACAUUCUGGACUUCAUAGUAGUCAGUGGGGCGCUGGUGGCUUUUGCAUUCUCGAGCUUCAUGGGAUCGCAACAAGGUGUGACCAGGGGGACCAAAGGCAAAGACAUCAGCACUAUCAAGUCACUGAGGGUUCUCCGAGUGCUCAGGCCUCUCAAGACCAUCAAACGUCUGCCAAAACUCAAGGCAGUGUUUGACUGUGUGGUCAACUCUCUGAAGAACGUGCUGAACAUCCUCAUCGUUUACAUGCUCUUCAUGUUCAUCUUUGCCGUCAUCGCAGUUCAGCUCUUCAAAGGAAAAUUCUUCUACUGCACAGAUGAGUCCAAGGGCCUGGAGAAAGACUGCAAAGGACAGUUCUUGGACUACGACAAAGAUGAGGUAGCUGCCAUGCCCAGAGAGUGGAAAAAAUAUGAGUUCCAUUAUGACAAUGUGCUGUGGGCCUUCUUGACCCUCUUCACUGUCUCCACUGGAGAGGGAUGGCCAACUGUACUGAAGCACUCUGUGGAUGCCACCUUUGAAGACCAGGGUCCCAGUCCAGGCUACCGGAUAGAAAUGUCCAUCUUCUAUGUGGUCUACUUUGUGGUCUUCCCUUUCUUCUUUGUCAAUAUCUUCGUCGCUCUGAUCAUCAUUACCUUCCAGGAGCAGGGAGACAAGGCCCUGUCUGAGUGCAGCUUGGAGAAGAACGAGAGGGCUUGCAUUGACUUUGCAAUUAAUGCCAAACCUUUGACACGCUACAUGCCAGAGAACACGCAGUCCUUCCAGUACAGGAUGUGGAAGUUUGUGGUCUCAGCUCCAUUUGAAUACUCCAUCAUGAUCAUGAUCGCUCUCAACACUGUGGUACUCAUGAUGAAGUUCCAUGGAGCUCCAGACUUCUAUGAAGUAAUGCUGAAGAACCUCAACAUCGUCUUCACCACUCUCUUCUCUCUGGAGUGCAUCCUCAAGAUCAUUGCGUUUGGUCCACUGAACUACCUGAAGGACGCCUGGAAUGUGUUUGACUUUGUGACAGUGUUGGGCAGCAUCACUGACAUCCUGGUGACUGAAAUCAAUACUACGGACAGGCUGCUGAACCUGAGCUUCUUAAGGCUGUUCAGAGCAGCUCGCCUCAUCAAGCUGCUGAGGCAGGGCUACACCAUCCGCAUCCUGCUGUGGACCUUCGUCCAGUCCUUCAAGGCCCUGCCUUAUGUUUGCCUGCUGAUUGCGAUGCUGUUCUUCAUUUAUGCCAUCAUUGGGAUGCAGGUGUUUGGCAACAUCGAGCUGAAUGAAGACACAGCUAUCAAUCACCACAACAACUUCCGCACAUUCCUCCAGGCUCUCAUGCUGCUGUUCAGGAGUGCAACUGGUGAGGCCUGGCACGAGAUCAUGUUGUCAUGUUUGAGCCACCGAGCCUGUGAUGAACGCUCAGGGACCCAUGGGAAAGAGUGUGGCAGUGAUUUUGCCUACUUCUACUUUGUCUCCUUUAUCUUCCUCUGCUCCUUCCUGAUGCUGAACCUAUUUGUGGCUGUCAUCAUGGAUAACUUUGAGUACCUAACCAGAGACUCCUCCAUCCUGGGACCCCAUCACCUUGAUGAGUUCAUCCGGGUCUGGGCAGAGUACGACCCGGCUGCGUGUGGCCGUAUCAAGUACCUCGAUAUGUAUCAGAUGCUGCUCCACAUGUCCCCACCCUUAGGUUUGGGAAAGAAAUGUCCGCCAAGAGUCUCCUACAAGCGUCUGGUCAAAAUGAACAUGCCCAUCGCUGACGACAACACCGUCCACUUCACGUCCACCCUGAUGGCCCUGAUUCGCACCGCCCUGGAGAUCAAACUGGCCUCGGGUAUGGUAGCUCAGCGACUGUCUGAUGCUGAGUUAAAGAAGGAGUUGUCCACAGUGUGGCCCAACCUCUCACAGAAGACCAUGGACCUGCUGGUGACACCACAUAAACCCAAUGAACUGACAGUAGGGAAGGUUUAUGCAGCCCUCAUGAUCUUCGACUACUACAAGCAGAAUCGAGCACAGAGGCAGCAGCAGCAGCAGCAGCAGAACUCAUCUGGAACCCAGUGCAAGGUCGGGACUCUGUUUAAGCCAUUGCUGCCUCUGACUCACAUGCAGGAGAAAGACAUGCCUAUGAUGUUAAACAGUGUGGAGCCUCCCAGCAUGCCUCAGCCUCAGCCCAAACCCCAUGCCAAGUUCCAGCCACAGACCAGACCUAGCUCCAACUCGCUCAACAACGGAGGCACGCUGCCAGAUCAUGAUGACAACAUCAAGUCAUCAUCUUCCUGGGUAAUGGAGAAACCCAGGGAAGGGCCCCGGGCUAAGACUAAAAGAACCAUGUCAAGGGGCCCGUCAGAAGACACACCAGACACUGCCGUCAUUCAGGAGUCGGUGGAGAUGCAGAAGAUGGAGACCAGUGGCAGCAGUACAAUCCCAGUCUCUGGCACAGGUCUGGAGAACCAGGGCAGAGCUGUUUCUAUGCCUCGACUCAGCGCUGAGCUGCAGCGGGGCCACUCACGCCACUCUCCAGGGAUCCAUCUCGCUUCUGUCCCUGAUGCCAGCACCAUGAAGCGCUCAGCCUCCACUGUGGCUCCACAGCGACCCCAGGAGGUCAACCUGAGGGACUACACCCUGGAGAAACCCAGCCGGGAGCGACCCCACCACCAUCACCACCACCACCACCACUGCCACCACCGUAAAGACAGAGAUAAAGACAGAGAGAAGAGGCAGAGGUCAUUGGAUACACCUCUAGGUGGACCAACUCCAGGCUCUGCUGGAGAGCGAGUGUCUGACCCAGCUGCCCCCAGAGAGCGAGCCCACGACCGCGGACGUUCCCGAGAGAGGAAACACCACCACUCCUCAGCGGACAAGCAGCGCUACUACUCCUGCGACCGUUUCUGCAGCCGGGAACACUGCCACACCAAAUCUGCCACCGCGAGCUGUGCCGCCUCACCCAGCGAGGGGCAGGAAACCAGCAACAAGCAGGGCAGUGGUUGGGUUAAAGGCAGCCCAGUGGCACUGAGUUCCAGUUCUAGCACGCCGAGCCGUGGACGUCGGCAGCUCCCCCAGACCCCCCUCACCCCACGGCCAGUGGUGGCUUACAAGACUGCCAAUUCCUCCCCUGUACACUAUGUGUCCAGCCAGGCCUUUCUGAGUCCCGGGCGGCUGAGCCGCGGCCUGUCGGAGCACAAUACCCUCCGGCACAGCAGCUCCUGCCACUUCCCCUGCCCCAUCACUCGUAUCAGCUCUGAGCCCUUCCUGGGCCGGGGCCACGGCGACGCCCCGGGCAGCCCCUACGGCAGCCUCCGGGACCAGCUGGAUGUCUUCCAGGAUGUGGCGUCAGUGUCGCCUAGCCCCCGUGCCGGACGCUCAUCUUGGACCGCACUGCCUUGCAUGAUAGGAGCCCUGCUUCCGGCUCCACAGCAGAACCUUGGGUUGCCCAAUGGGUACCACUUCAGCUUCGGGGGCAACACCAGCCCAGGCUCUGGCGUCAGGGCACCCAGGUAUUACCAGGAGGCAGAGGAGGACGAAUGGUGCUAG